CCACACGAUUUCUAUAACUGAAUAACGUUGUGUAGAAGUAGAACAUGUGACUGUGUGCAAAUAAUCCUCCAAACUCAGCAAAAACACCUAUGCAUAUAUCGAUUACAUUCCUGUAAGUAGAACACAACAUGACCAACCACCACCAAAACUCCUCCAAAUAAAAAGCUGUGCGCACAUUGUGAAUGUGCACAUUACUACACAUUCUGUUGUAUUGAGAGCUCACCGCGCCUUUCAGGAGAGUGGUAUUCAGAUACUGGUGUAAUCAUUCGUGAAUAACUGUUCAACAAAGCCUCUUUCAAAUAAAAGUGACGACACCAACUGAGGAGAUCACAAAAUCACUUGUCACCGAAAGAAAAAAUGGGAGCCGUUCUAAAGGUUAUACUGCAAGCUACACUAGCUGUAACGGUGAUCUGCGCACUGACUGGAGCCCGUUCUCUGGAGAGAGACCCAAGAUACACCAGUGGUGAUGGAGAAUCCCACACCUGUCCACAAGUGGAGCUCCUGCAAGGAAGAGACGGUAGAGACGGGAGAGAUGGUGUGAGGGGAGAGCCAGGGGCCCAGGGACCAAAGGGAGACAAAGGUCUGCCUGGUCUUCAAAGAGAACAGGGUCCACAAGGUCCUGAGGGUCAGAAUGGCAGAGAUGGUGGGAAGGGAGAGAGAGGAGCAGAGGGAGCCAGAGGAGAGGCCGGGUUGCCAGGAGACAUGGGAGAGAGGGGGCUGCCAGGUUUCCGGGGACCUGCUGGAAUAUCUGGUCCCCGGGGGCCAGUGGGGGACAAGGGCAGUCGUGGUUCCCCUGGUCUGGCUGGUCCUCAAGGAGAACCUGGUCUACAGGGUCCAGCAACAGGAGGAGGAACCAGUCUACACUCGCUGGGGGAGGACAUCCUGUCCCUCUGACCAGGGAACAACACUAGUCUACUCUGGAAGAGCUGGGGGGUCUUACUACCACCAUCAUGGAGGUGCAGCCAAUCUUCUCUGUCUGCCAGAUGAUCCUGAGUACUCCCGUUAUGAGGGUGGAGUACAGGGUUAUAGUCCCCUCAGGGGAACAGAGUAUCAAGCCAAUACAAACCAGCCAUUUGGAGGGAAAACCAGCCACAACAUCCCAUGUGCAGUUUGUUGUACCUCCAUCAGAAGUAAACUACUAGUGAUACCUGCCAAACUGAGCUGCCCCACCAACUGGACCACAGAGUACAAUGGAUACCUCAUGGCAGCA